AUGUUUGAAGCACGCCGCCGAUAUCAUGUUGGAAUGCACCGUGCCCAGUCGGCCGUGCUGACCAACGAACAAAUAGUCGAGGUACGAGCGGCCCAACGAACCUUUGAGGGUGCCUAUGUUCGAACGGCUCUGUCCCAGUUCUCAUUUGCCCUCGUCGUCCUCAAAAUCUUCACCGCCGAGUUCUAUAGUAUUGGUGCGCUGUUCGCCAUUUACGGCACCGGGGUUCUGACUAUUGGGCUAUUCCGUCGCUCGCAGGGAAAUCGCCAGUUCUUCUCCGAAAUCGGCGAGGAUGGUAUCCAUCGUCACAAGUUCAGGACUAGUGGAAAUGCGGUCAUGAUCUUGACUGCGUUGAGUAUUGCGGCGUACGUCUGCUUAAUAUGUCUGACCCUGAACCUGCAAUAG